AUGGUGGUGGAGAUGCUCUAGAACUGGUGCAGGUGGAUGGGUGUCAGCAUUCGUAGGGGCUUGCUUAUCCUGAGCAUCCUGGAGGACUGCAGUGAAGAUGAAUUCCAAGGGUCCUUGCAGGCUGCCCUGUGGCCCAUGGGCCACUUCACUGUGCUUGGCAAAGUGUUUCCUGAGGAGGAUAAUGCCACUGCAGCCCUGGUUGAGCUCGACCAGGAAGUCAACUAUGCUUUGGUCCCAAGGGAAAUCCUAGGCAUGGGGGGAGGGCGCAGGGGCUGGAACAUUGUCUUUGUGCUUAGUUGCUCCAGCGAGGAGUUUCUUGGUUGUAUUUUCCACUUCCUGGAGCAACAGGGGGAGACAGUGGACAGUGUACCUGGAGACCUGGGUCUGGAGCUAGACAGAGUGUGCAGGCUCCAGUGUCAGGCAAUCCAACCAUGCGUGAAUACCUUGCGGUACCAGUGCUUGGGUAUGUUUUCUGGGAGCGUUCAGCCAGCCCCUGGGGAGGAAUCCUUUGAGGCCUGGCUAGACCACACCACUGACAUGUUUCAGGUGUGGCAAAGGGUCUCAGAAAAGGAGAAGAGAAGACAAUUGCUAGAGGGCUUGUGGGGAACUGCUUUGUACCUUGUACAUGGGCUGUUAGCAGAGAAUUCAGCAAAGACUGCAGAGAACUGCCUAGAUACUAUGACCCGAGUAUUUGGAGACAAUGAGUCUCAGGCCACCACUGGAAUCAAGCGUCUGACUGCAAAACAGCAGUCGGAUGAGCAGCUCUCUGCCUUUGUGUUGAAGCUAGAAGUCCUGCUGCAGAAAGCCAUCCAGAAAGGUACUCUCAAGAGAACCUCCGCAGAUGAUUUGCGCCUGAGGCAGAUGCUCACCAGGGCUAACCUGAAUGAGCCUUUGGAGGAAGCUCUGAGGAGGCUAAGAAUGAUUGGCAGAUCUCCAACUUUCCUGGAGUUGUUGGGGCUCAUACAGGAAUCUGAGGAAUGGGAGGCAAGAUUAGCCAGCAACAUGGAAGCCCAUGUGGAGGAUGAAGCUGGUGAUCUGGUUUCUGUUUAG